AAUCCAUCAUUCACGGCUUCAUUUCUGAGUAGCAUUACCUUUAGUUGGUAUGACAGGUAGGAAAUGCCCGGAGUAUGGGCUGUCUGUAUCCCUACCCCUUCAUUCUUCUGAAAGUGAUGGAAAUCUUAAUUUUAAAAAUGCUUCCUGAGGCCUCCAUUUCUCCUCUUAGAGUCCAAGAAUGUUAAUGUAAUGGAUCUAUUUAUUUCAGAGGAUGUGGAGGAGAGGGUGGAGGGGGAUUUUCUUUUGGUGGUCUGGGGGUUCCACAGGGAAAAACAAAGGACAUUAGAAAAAAGAGGCAGAAGGACAAGAAAAGGAGAAUUUGGGUGCAGGCAGUGUGGCAUGAUUUGGAGGGUAAGGGGUGAAAUAGCUGGGAUACCAAAAGAUCUGGAGCCUUCUUGGCAGGCUCAUGAGGUCUAUGAAUCCCUUCUCAAAUCAUGUUUUAAAUGUAUAACGUAAAAGGUAUAGAGUUACAAAGGAAACCGAAUAUAUUGAAAUAUAAUCACUUAAAUAUUAAAAAAACACAAAUUUGUGAUGUAGUAACAUAAGUGCUUCUUUAAGAAUUCAUUAAAUGACAAGAUCUAGUGAUGGGGCUAAUCAUGAUCACAACUUCAAAGUAAUGAUGAUGUAAAUGAGCCAUGAAAACACUGUGAUGUCUCUUGGUGUCCAAGACACAGGCGGUCCUUUUUACAACUGUUUGGUAGCCUACGUUCAUGUCCUAAGGAAAGGCUAAAAUUCAGUUAGAAGCUAGUAAAGAUAAAGAUAUAAUUUAUUUUGUAUCCAUGUCCUCAAAUACCAGGUUGAUGGGCCCUGAUCUAGGGAGACUGUAUAGAGGAGGCCUCCAGGGCUGCUCAGUUCCUUAAGGGCAGCAUGAAAGCCCCUCAAGGAGAUUCCAGAGUGGCAGAGAGGCAGCCAGUGUUUGAGGAGAAAGGAUGGGGAGGAAGUGAUGCUCUUUUGGCUUUUAAUUCAGUAGUGCCGCCCCUCUUUCCCUUCUCCUCAUCUUCUUCCAUGUUCCAUCACCUCUCGUAUCUGUUUUCCGCACUCCCCACUCCUCUGCCAAGCUCAAAGGGCCAGAAGAUGGGGCAGUGGCCCUCUUCCCAUCCUCUGCCCCUCCAUCUCUGAACCAGGGAGCAGGUUUUGAAAGAAGCAGCAAGGGACCUCCCCCUGCCCCGACUCCACAUGUAUGGUCUCAGCCUAUGGGUCACUCUGGUUCCAGCAUUGUUCUGAAAGGCUACAAGCAACCUCUGACACUCGAAGAUGUCUGGGAUCUUGAUGAAAAUAUUAAAACGAAGACACUGGUCAGCAAGUUUGAAAAAUGUAUGGCAGGAGAGCUGCAGAAGGCCAGGAAGGCAGUCCAGAGAAGACAGCGGGGGAGAGCACAGAGGAACUCCAGGGACAGGCUGCAUGGCUUGAACAAGAAUCAGAGUCAAAUCGAAGAUAUCCUUGUCCUGGAAGAUGUUAAAAAGAAAGAAAAGUCUGGCACUACAGAAAACUUUCCCAAGGCCUGGUUGGUCAAGACUCUCUUCAAAACUUUCUACGUCAUACUCUUGAAGUCCUUCCUACUGAAGCUGAUGCAUGACCUCCUCAUGUUUCUGAAUCCUCAGCUGCUGAAAUUGCUGAUCUCCUUUGCAAAUAACCGAGACGCGUAUGUGUGGGUUGGAUAUCUCUAUUCGGUCCUCUUCUUGGUUGUGGCCCUCAUCCAGUCUCUCUGCCUUCAGAAUUACUUUCAACUGUGCUUCAUGCUGGGGACAAGUGUGCGGGCAACCAUCAUGGCUUCCGUAUAUAAGAAGGCGCUGACCCUAUCCAACCAGAGCAGAAAGCAGUACACCAUUGGAGAAACUGUGAACCUGAUGUCUGUGGAUGCCCAGAAGCUCAUGGAUGUGACCAGCGUCAUCCAUUUGCUGUGGUCAAAUAUUCUACAGAUUACUUUAUGUGUCUCCUUCCUAUGGACAGAGCUGGGACCCUCAGUCUUAGCAGGUGUUGGGGUGAUGGUACUUCUAAUCCCAAUUAAUGGGAUACUUGCCACCAAGAGUAGAGCUGUUCAGGUAAAAAAUAUGAAGAAUAAAGACAAACGUUUAAAGAUCAUGAAUGAAAUUCUCAGUGGGAUCAAGAUCCUGAAGUAUUUUGCCUGGGAACCUUCAUUCAAAAAGCAAGUCCAUGAACUUCGGAAGAAAGAGCUCAAGAGCCUGCUGACCUUGGGUCAGAUGCAGACUAUAACGAUAUUUCUCCUAUACUUAAGUCCAGUCCUGGUGUCUGUGAUCACAUUUUCAGUUUACAUUCUGGUGAAUAGCAAUAAUGUUUUGGAUGCAGAAAAGGCCUUCACCUCCAUCACCCUCUUCAAUAUCCUGCGUUUCCCCCUGAGUAUGUUUCCCAUGGUAAUCACCUCCAUGUUACAGGCCAGCGUUUCCACAGAACGGCUAGAAAAGUACUUAGGAGGGGAUGACUUGGACACAUCAGCCAUUCGACAUGAGUACAAUUUUGACAAAGCUGUGCAGUUUUCAGAGGCCUCCUUUACCUGGGACCGGGAUCUGGAAGCCACAAUUCGAGAUGUGAACCUGGACAUUAUGCCAGGCCAAUUGGUGGCUGUGGUGGGCACUGUGGGCUCUGGGAAGUCUUCCUUGAUGUCAGCCAUGCUGGGAGAAAUGGAAAAUGUCCACGGGCACAUCACCAUCAAGGGCACUAUAGCCUAUGUCCCACAGCAAUCCUGGAUCCAGAAUGGCACCUUAAAGGACAACAUCCUUUUUGGAUCCGAGUUGGAUGAAAAGAAAUACCAGCAGGUUCUGGAGGCCUGUGCCCUCCUCCCAGACUUGGAAGUGCUGCCCGGAGGAGACCUGGCCGAGAUUGGAGAGAAGGGUAUAAAUCUCAGUGGGGGUCAGAAGCAGCGGAUUAGCCUGGCCAGAGCUACCUAUCAAAAUUCAGACAUCUAUGUUCUGGAUGACCCCCUGUCAGCCGUGGAUGCUCAUGUGGGAAAACAUAUUUUCAAUAAGGUCUUGGGUCCCAAUGGCCUAUUGAAAGGCAAGACUCGACUCUUGAUUACACAUAGCAUUCACUUUCUUCCCCAAGUGGAUGAGAUUGUGGUUCUGGGGAAUGGCACCAUCCUGGAGAAGGGAUCCUACAGCACUCUGCUGGCCAAGAAAGGAUUGUUUGCUAAGAUUCUGAAGACAUCCAAAAAACAGAUGGGUCUUGAAGGAGAGGCCACAGUCAAUGAGGACAGUGAAGAAGAUGACUGUGGGCUGAUGCCCAGUGUGGAGGAAAUCCCUGAGGAGGUGGCCUUCUUGACCAUGAGAAGAGAGAACAGCCUUCAUCGAACACUUAGUCACAGUUCUAGGUCCAGUAGCAGGCACCGGAAAUUCCUAAAAAACUCUUUGAAAACUCGGAAUGUGAAUACCCUGAAGGAGGAGGAAGAACUAGUCAAAGGACAAAAACUAAUUAAGAAGGAAUUCAUACAAACUGGAAAGGUGAAGCUGUCCGUCUACCUGAAAUACCUGCGAGCCAUGGGAUUGUGUUUGAUAGUCUUCAUCAUCAUUGCCUAUGUGAUCAAUGCUGUGGCUUAUAUUGGAUCCAACCUCUGGCUCAGCGCUUGGACCAAUGACUCUAAAACCUAUAAUGGCACUAACUAUCCAGCUUCACAGAGGGACCUGAGAGUUGGCGUCUAUGGAGCUCUGGGAUUGGUACAAGGUGUGUCUGUGCUCCUAGGAAAUCUUUGCAGUGCCCGUGCUUCCACUCAUGCGUCAAACAUCCUUCACAAGCAACUGCUAACCAAUAUCCUUCGAGCACCCAUGAGUUUUUUUGACACAACACCCACAGGCCGGAUUGUGAACAGGUUCGCUGGUGAUAUCUCCAUGGUGGAUGACACCCUCCCCUUGUCCCUGCGAAGCUGGAUACUGUGCUUCCUGGGAAUCAUCAGCACCCUUGUCAUGAUCUGCAUGGCCACUCCCAUCUUUAUCACCGUCAUCAUUCCCCUUGGCAUCAUUUAUACAUUUGUGCAGAUGUUUUAUGUGGCUACUUCCCGCCAGCUGAAACGUCUGGACUCCGUCACCAGGUCCCCAAUCUACUCUCACUUCAGUGAGACUGUGUCAGGUUUGUCUGUCAUCCGUGCCUUUGAGCAUCAGCAGCGAUUUCUAAAACAUAAUGAGGUGGGGAUUGACACCAACCAGAAAUGUGUCUUCUCUUGGAUUGUCUCCAACAGGUGGCUUGCAGUCCGUCUGGAGCUGAUUGGGAACCUGAUUGUCUUCUUUGCAUCUAUGAUGAUGACUAUUUAUAGAGAUACACUAAGUGGAGACACUGUGGGCUUUGUUCUGUCCAAUGCACUUAAUAUCACACAAACCCUGAACUGGUUAGUGAGGAUGACGUCAGAAGUAGAGACCAACAUUGUGGCUGUUGAACGAAUAAAUGAGUACAUCAAAGUGGAAAACGAGGCACCCUGGGUGACUGAUAAGAGACCUCCCCCAGGUUGGCCCAGCAAAGGGGAGAUCCAGUUUAACAACUACCAACUACGGUACAGGCCUGAGCUGGAUCUCAUACUGAAAGGGAUCACCUGUGACAUUAAGAGUAUGGAGAAGGUUGGUGUGGUCGGCAGGACAGGAGCUGGGAAGUCAUCCUUGACAAAUGCCCUCUUCAGAAUCCUAGAGGCUGCAGGUGGCCAGAUCAUCAUUGAUGGGGUAGAUAUUGCUUCCAUUGGGCUCCAUGACCUCCGAGAGAAACUGACCAUCAUCCCCCAGGAUCCCAUCCUGUUCUCUGGAAGCCUGAGGAUGAAUCUAGAUCCUUUUAACAACCACUCAGAUGAGGAGAUUUGGAAGGCCCUGGAGCUGGCUCACCUCAAAUCCUUUGUGGCUGGCCUGCAACUUGGAUUGUCCCACAAAGUGACAGAGGCUGGUGACAACCUUAGCAUAGGGCAGAGGCAGCUGCUGUGCCUGGCCAGGGCUCUGCUUCGGAAAUCCAAGAUUCUGAUCAUGGAUGAGGCCACUGCUGCGGUGGAUGUAGAGACCGAUCACCUUAUCCAGACGACCAUCCAAAAGGAGUUCUCCCACUCCACGACUAUCACCAUUGCUCAUAGGCUCCACACCAUCAUGGACAGUGACAAGAUAAUGGUCCUAGACAACGGGAAGAUUGUAGAGUAUGGCACGCCUAACGAACUGCUGAAAAAUUCUGGCCCCUUUUGUUUGAUGGCCAAAGAAGCUGGCAUUGAAAAUGUGAACAGCACAUCACUCUGACAGUAGGUGCCAUGGGCUGGAGAAGGAAGGAUUAUUCCUUAUUUCUUAUGAAAGCUAUCACACAGAAGUAUGUGAAAUGUACCUUUUAAAGAAGGGUAUUACCAGCUCCAGCAGAACCCCCGUUUUGUGAACCCACUUUGAUUAUACCUCCUUCCUACUUCCUUUCCCAAAUAACUACUAUCCUGAAUUUUGUGAUAAUUAUAUCCUCCUGCCUUUCAUUUUAGUUUUACCACUUGGUAUGUAUCCUUAAACAAGGUGUACUUUUUAUGUAAA